AUGGAUGUCAAGGGAUCGGUGAUCUUUGAAACUACAGUCGGCACUAUUGCCUUUGAGUUGUAUAAGGAUCAUGCUCCUAAAUCAUGCGAGAAUUUCUAUCAGCUAGCCAAGAGAGGAUACUAUAAUGGAACAAAGGCAAGUGAUAAUCAACUUUAUAAUGCCACCAGCCAGAAAUCCCAUUGGUGCUACUUUGACUUUAUGAUUCAAGGAGGCGAUCCAACUGCAACCGGCCGUGGUGGUAUGAGCAUUUAUGGUGAAAAAUUCGAAGAUGAGAUUUCACCUGCACUCAAGCAUACUGGUGCUGGUAUUCUAUCCAUGGCCAAUAGUGGCCCAAACACGAAUGGAAGUCAGUUCUUUAUUACAUUAGCUCCAACUCCUUGGCUGGAUGGAAAGCAUACCAUCUUUGGAAGAGUUUCAGCAGGAAUGAAUGUUGUUAAGCGUACUGGCAUGGUCCAAACAGAUGCCAAUGACAAGCCCAAGCAAGAUGUUAUCAUUGUACGUGCACGAGUAGUCGAAUAA